AUGGCGAAACUUCUUAUCGACAUCCAUACCCACGUCUAUCUACCACGCUAUGUGUCGUUUCUACGCGCCCGUUCAUCUGUACCGCGUAUUUUCUCGCGAAAUACUGCAGAGGGAAAGACAGAGGAACGUCUUCUGAUCUUAGAUGGCGAGCCCAGCGGUGGACGGCCGAUGGGUCCUCAGUACUGGGACAGGGAACAGAAGCUGAGCUUCAUGGACAGACAUGGGAUUGAUAUCUCGCUCGUGAGCUCGGCAAACCCAUGGCUCGAUUUCCUCCCGGCCUCCACAGCGCACAGCCUGGCGAAUGAAUUGAACAACGACCUGGAAGAAUACUGCUCGACUUCGCCGUCCUUGAGCGCCGCGGGAGGUACCACGAAACGCCUCUACGGGUUCGGACUACUUCCCCUUGUACCAGACGUCCCGAUCACGUCUCUCGUGGAUACAGUCAAGCAGAUUACAAAGCUAGAGCAUCUAAAGGGUAUCAUACUCGGCACACACGGAGUUGGAAAGGGCCUCGACGACGACGCGCUUGAGCCGGUAUGGUCCGCCAUCGCGGAGGCAGGGCUCGUCGUGUUCCUCCAUCCGCAUUACGGUGUGGACGGCAAGGAAUGGGGCAAGAAGGACAACGGACAUGUCCUUCCUCUAGCCUUGGGCUUCCCCUUUGAAACCACGAUUGCAGCCACGCGACUGAUCCUGUCCGGCGUGUUCGACCGACACCCCGACCUGCGCAUCUUGCUCGCGCACUCGGGCGGGACGCUCCCGCAGCUCUCAUCGCGCCUCGCGUCGUGCAUCGAUCACGACCCAAUUGUCGCGUCGCGACUGCAGCACGAUGCGCGAUACUACCUCGGGAAGCUCUACUUCGACGCGGUCGCGUAUGGCGCAGAGGAGCUCGGGUUCGUGAGUGACGCGAUCGGGCGCGCAGAGUGGUUUGCAGCUCGUCCAUCCUCCGCUGCCGCGUCAAAAGAACAGGGACUCGCGUUACGUGCGCUAGGCAGCAAACGGAUGCUGUUCGGGACGGACCACCCGUUCUUCCCACCCUUGAGCAGCACGGAGAAGUGGAAGAGCGUCGUGGAAAACCUAGAGGCGAUCGAUGGGGUGCAUGGGUGGAGCGAGACAGAGAAGGACGCAGUACGGGGUAGAAAUGCGCUCGCGCUCUUCGGCAUACCCUCCGCGAAAUGA